AGGAGCGGCGACGCGGGUCGUCGCCUCUCCUCGCCCAGGAAGGCCGGAGGGGGCAGCCUGGACUGGGGAAGACUUGGCCUGGCCCAGCGGCACCCCGAGUUUGCCCGUCUUGCAGGCUUUAGUGUUGGGGAGCCCAGGGAAAGGUUCAGGACGAGUGUGGCGGCAACUGGUGUGUCAGUGGUGCAGUGAGCGGGCCUAGCCUAGAGGAAGCGAGAGCUCCCGAGGUUGCAAAGAGCUGCUUUGUGUUUGAACCCCGUUAUGGCCACCCAGGUAAUGGGGCAGUCUUCCGGAGGAGGAGGUCUGUUCACCAGCAGUGGCACCAUGGGCAUGGCCUUGCCUAACGACAUGUAUGACUUGCCUGAUCUCUCCAGAGCUGAACUGGCUGCGCCUCAGCUCAUCAUGUUGGCAAAUGUGGCCUUAACUGGGGAAGUAAACGGCGGCUGCUGUGAUUACCUGGUUGGCGAAGAAAGACAGAUGGCAGAAUUGAUGCCUGUUGGGGAUAGCAACUUUUCAGAUAGUGAUGGAGAAGGACUUGAGGAGUCUCCUGAGGUAAAAGGCGAGUCCCGUGGGCUGGAAAACAUGGAACUGGAGAGUUUGGAACUCAGUGUUGUCCAACCACAGCCCGUGUUUGAGGUGUCAGCUGCCUCAGAACCGUACAGCGCAAAUAAAGAUCUUCCUCGGGAAACACCUGUAGCAGAGGACAAAUGCAAGAACUUGAAGACCAAGCCCUUUCGCUGUAAACCAUGCCAGUAUGAAGCAGAAUCUGAAGAACAGUUUGUGCAUCACAUCCGAGUUCAUAGUGCCAAGAAAUUUUUUGUGGAGGAAAGUGCAGAGAAGCAAGCCAAAGCCAGGGAAUGCGGCUCUUCCACUGGGGAAGAGGGAGAUUUCUCCAAGGGCCCCAUUCGCUGUGACCGCUGUGGCUACAAUACCAAUCGCUAUGAUCACUAUACUGCUCACCUGAAACACCACACCCGAGCCGGGGACAAUGAGCGAGUCUACAAGUGCAUCAUUUGCACAUACACCACAGUAAGCGAAUAUCACUGGAGGAAACACUUGAGAAACCAUUUUCCAAGGAAAGUAUACACGUGUGGAAAAUGCAACUAUUUUUCAGAUAGAAAAAACAAUUAUGUUCAGCAUGUUCGAACUCAUACAGGAGAACGUCCGUAUAAAUGUGAGCUUUGUCCUUAUUCAAGUUCUCAGAAAACUCAUCUAACCAGACAUAUGCGUACUCAUUCAGGUGAGAAGCCAUUUAAGUGUGACCAGUGCAGUUAUGUGGCCUCUAAUCAACAUGAAGUAACCCGUCACGCAAGACAGGUUCACAAUGGGCCUAAACCUCUUAACUGCCCGCACUGUGACUACAAAACAGCAGAUAGAAGUAACUUCAAAAAACACGUGGAGCUACAUGUUAAUCCACGGCAGUUCAACUGCCCUGUAUGCGACUAUGCAGCUUCCAAGAAGUGUAAUCUGCAGUAUCAUUUCAAAUCUAAGCAUCCUACUUGUCCUAAUAAGACCAUGGAUGUCUCAAAAGUGAAACUAAAGAAAACCAAAAAGCGAGAGGCUGACUUGCCUGAUAACAAAACCACCAAUGAGAAAACAGAAACAGAGCAGUCAAAAAUGAAGGGGGAUGUGACUGGGAAGAAAAACGAGAGGUCUGUAAAAGUGGAGAAAAAAGAUAAUGUUUCAAAAGAGAAAAAGCCCUGUAGUAAUGCCUCAAACCAAGUGACUACCAGAACUCGCAAGUCGGCAAUGGAAGCUAAAGAAAUGGAUGUGCACCCAGGAAAUAAUUCAGAAAAAAUCUGUAAAAGCAAGAAAAGCAAAAGGAAGACAGAAGCUGAAACCCAUUCCUUACAAGAACCUGUUAAUGAUGAGGAACCUGUGACAAAAAGGAAAAAGAAGGCAGAAAGCAAAUCCAGGAAUAGUCAGGAAGUGCCAAAGGGUGACAGCAAAGUAGAGGAGAAUAAAAAGCAAAGUAUUUGCAUGAAAAACAGUGCAAAGAAGAAAACUCUGAGAAGUAAGUCAUGUAAAAAAAGCAGCAAGCCUGCUCAGAGGAGGCCCACUCAGAUAGAGCCUCGUCCUCCCACGGAGUCUGCUGAGGGGGGACCUGUUCAGACGGAGCCUCCUCCUGCUACCCCCCCAUGUCCUCCUCCUCCUCCUCUUCCCCCCGUGGGGCAUGCCGAGGUCGAGGUUGUUCAGACGGAGCCUCCUCCUCCUCCCCCCCCAUCUCCUCCUCCUCCUCUUCCACCUCUUCCCCCCGUGGGGCAUGCUGAGGUCGAGGUUGUUCAGAAGGGGCCUGUUCAUGCGGAGCCUCCUCCUCCCAUGGAGCCGGUGCCCCAAAGGUCUCCUCAAAAAGAUAAUGGAAAGGAAAAGUCCAACAUGCAGAGUGAAAUGGCACAGAAGGAGCAAGUCCUCAUUGAAGUUGGCUUAGUGCCUGUUAAAGACAGGCAGCUUCUAAAGGAAAGUGCCGGUGCACAGGAUCUCUUACCACCAUCACCACCUCUGCCAAAGGAAAACUUAAAAGAGGAAGAGUCAGAAGACCAAAAAUUAGUCCCUGCAGGCGAAGGACAUAAAGAAGCUCCUCUUCAAAAAGUGGAAGCAGAAGAGGCAGAUAAGAGUCUAGUUGGUCUUGCUGCUGUUACCAAGGCAUCUGCCAAUAUUUUACCCUCUGAACAAAACUUGAAUAUGCCAGAGGGUGAACCUUUAGAUGGUAAACAUCAGGCUGACGCUAUGCUUUGUGAAAUGAAGAUGGACACUGAUGAGAAGAAAACAGAGAAUCCCCCCGGCAGAGACUUGGCGGUUGAAGAACCAACUUCACCACCACUUCUUCCUCUACCGCUAGAAAAAUGUGAAGCAGUGUCCACAGCUACUGUGGCAUCACCUCCUGUCACCGUGGCAGUAAAUGAGUCUCAGGAAAUGGAUGAAGACGAAGGCAUCCACAGUCAUGAUGGAAGUGACCUAAGUGACAACAUGUCAGAGGAUAGUGAUGAUUCUGGAUUGAAUGGGGCUCGGCCAGUUCCACAAGAGACUAGUAGAAAAAAUGGCAAGGAAGCCUUGGCAGUCAAAGUGGCCGAGGGAGAUUUUGUUUGUAUCUUCUGUGAUCGUUCUUUCAGAAAGGAAAAAGAUUACAGCAAACACCUCAAUCGCCAUUUGGUUAAUGUAUACUUCCUUGAAGAGGCAGCUCAAGGGCAGGAGUAAAUAAACCUUGGGCAAGGCUUCAGUUCUUAGUUUGUAAGGUCUGUGACAUUUUGUAUUCAUUUGUAGUAAUAGACAACCUUUUGUUUUUAAAAUUGCUUUAAUUAGUAUCCAAUCAUGAUUUUUAAGUGGCAUUCUUUUCCUUAGGAAUCCCUGUACCUAUUGAUGUACACAUUUUAGCAAAUCCAAGGGAGUUAGUGUAAUAAACCAGCAGACAUCUAAAUCUAUUAGCUUUUGCUUUCAAUUGAACCCAGAAGGCCAAGGUG